AUGGAGGAUCGUAAAGAUCAGAAAAAUGCUCCCUGGCUAUCAGUGCCACAGUUUGGGGACUGGGACCAGAAGGGUGAAUUGCCAGACUACUCACUUGAUUUCUCUAAAAUAAGGGAAAUGAGGAAGCAGAACAAGAGGGAUGUGUCAAGAGCCAGUCUUGGCAAUGAAGAAGAGCUAAUCAACCCCACAGCAGCCACUGCAAAAACUGCUCAAAAUCAUGAUCAUCACCACCCCCAUUACCACCAGGGCCACCAUCAUUCCCCCACAACAAGGAGAAGCAUUUUUAGCUACUUCAACUGUUGUGUGAAAGCCUGA